AUGGGCCAGUUUCUCAGCUUCUUGAACCUGAUAUGGAAGUCCUGCAAGGCCUGGUGGACUCGCAACGACUGGGUCAAGAACGAGGAGCCGUUAGCCCGCUACGUUCCUGGGGGCUACUGCGCGGUAAGUAUUGGCGACCGUAUAGGCGUUCGCGCUCGGUAUCGCAUUCUGCGGAAGCUGGGAUGGGGCGGGCGCUCUACUGUUUGGUUGGUCGAAUGCAAACAGACGGGGAACCUAUUCGCCCUGAAGAUACUUACAGGGAGUGCAACCAUCCAAAACGGCGAGCGAGAUCUCAAGCUCUUCCAUCGUAUUCGUGACGCGAAGAUUGAUGAUCCCGGCGGCCAACAUCUACUACAACUGCACGACCACUUCCUUGUCGAGAGCCCCAACGGACGGCAUCUAUGUCUGGUGCUUGACCUCGUCGCGCCAAAUGUGGCAUCCUUCAGUAUACACUGGGCUGGCCGCCGACUUCCGGAAGAGUUCAGCCGGAUCGUCGUUCGGCAAUGCGCGCUCGCUGUCGCCGCUCUGCACCGCUGCGGCGUUGUUCAUACGGACAUCAAGCCGAUCAACAUCUCCCUGGUUCUACCGCCAUACGUGGACAAAUGGGCGCUACUUCUUGGGAUGAAGGAUCGGCAGUGCAUUACGCACACCAGUCCAACCGGUAUCAAGGUCACUCGCUUCUGUACUAAACGGGUAUCGUACCCGAUACCCUCGGCCUCCGACCAACUGUCGGCGCGCGUCUGGAGGGAUGUUCAUGUCAAGAUAACGGAUUUGCACUCAGCGCAUGUCCUCAACCAGGGUGUGAAGCGCAAGAUACCUGUCCGCAGUUCGGCGUUACGGGCACCCGAAGUUUGCCUUGAUGGACCAUGGGGCUGUCCCGUCGACGUCUGGGCCCUCGGCUGUCUUGCCUAUGAGUUGUGUAUCGGGCAGUCGCUCUUUCCUAUCGGCACAGACUCGUAUUCCAUUCCCUAUCUUCACGUCCUGCAGUUCGGUCCGUACCCAGACAGCGUUCUCGCGCGCGGCCGCAACAGCCCUUUCACAGAUCAACGUCUCUUACAGGUAACGCUUGCUCGACGCACCGAGUUCCGCGUGUCGCUCGAGACGACAGCCCAAAAGGCCGGCGGGGCACCUCCGGAUCGCCAGAACUUCCUCGACUUUCUUGCUUGGGCCCUCACGUUGGACCAGGUGGAGCGCCCGAUGGCGGACGAGCUAUUGAAGCACCCUUGGUUGCUGUCUUUGCGCUGA